AUUCCGAUUUGACAGCCCUGACAUUUCACUGUAGUGACAAAUGUAAAACCGACUACAAGAAAUCACAGUAUAAAAUAUUUUUAUAGUAAUUUAACAUUCAAUCAAUUUGUGAUUGUGGAAGGUUAUUGAUUGAUAAUAUUUAUUGAUAUUAUUUGAGAAGAAGAGGAACCUGGAUUAAACAUGCCAGCAGUUCGUGGAGAUGGCAUGAGAGGCUUGGCUGUCUUUAUAUCAGAUAUUAGAAAUUGUAAAAGUAAAGAAGCUGAGAUAAAAAGAAUCAACAAAGAACUAGCUAAUAUUCGUAGUAAAUUCAAAGGUGAUAAAACAUUAGAUGGAUACCAAAAGAAGAAAUAUGUUUGCAAACUUCUAUUUAUCUUCUUGUUGGGGCAUGACAUUGAUUUUGGUCAUAUGGAAGCUGUAAAUCUACUUUCUUCAAAUAAAUAUUCUGAAAAACAAAUAGGAUAUUUGUUUAUAUCAGUUCUAGUCAACACUAAUAGUGAGCUCAUAAAGCUUAUUAUCCAAAGCAUUAAAAAUGAUCUUGCUUCAAGAAGUCCCAUUCACAUCAACUUGGCACUUCAAUGCAUUGCUAAUAUUGGUAGUAGGGAAAUGGCUGAAGCUUUUGGAAAUGAAAUUCCAAAAUUAUUGGUAUCAGGUGAUACAAUGGAUGUUGUGAAACAAAGUGCUGCUCUUUGUUUGUUACGCUUGUUCAGAACUUCUCAAGAUAUUAUACCUGGAGGAGAAUGGACUUCUCGAAUAAUUCAUUUACUAAAUGAUCAACAUAUGGGAGUAGUAACAGCAGCAACAAGUCUAAUAGAUGCACUUGUAAAGAAAAAUCCUGAGGAGUAUAAGGGGUGUGUUUCUCUAGCAGUUUCCAGAUUAAGUCGGAUUGUUACAGCUAGUUAUACAGAUCUACAGGAUUAUACUUAUUACUUUGUACCUGCUCCAUGGCUCUCUGUAAAGUUAUUGAGAUUACUACAAAACUAUACUCCUCCAGCGGAAGAUCCUGGAGUGAGAGGCAGAUUAAAUGAAUGUCUUGAAACAAUAUUGAACAAAGCUCAAGAGCCUCCAAAAUCUAAGAAAGUUCAGCAUUCAAAUGCUAAGAACGCAGUUCUAUUUGAAGCUAUAAGUCUGAUUAUUCACAAUGACAGUGAGGCAAAUCUUUUAGUCAGGGCUUGUAAUCAGUUGGGUCAAUUUUUAAGCAACAGAGAAACUAAUUUGCGAUAUUUAGCUCUAGAGUCAAUGUGUCAUUUAGCUACUUCAGAAUUCUCACAUGAAGCAGUGAAGAAACAUCAAGAAGUUGUCAUUUUGUCUAUGAAGAUGGAGAAAGAUGUCUCAGUUCGUCAACAAGCGGUAGAUUUAUUAUAUGCUAUGUGUGACAAGAGUAAUGCUGAAGAAAUUGUUCAAGAAAUGUUGAAUUACCUCGAAACUGCAGAUUACUCAAUAAGGGAGGAGAUGGUGUUAAAAGUUGCUAUCCUUGCUGAAAAAUAUGCAACUGAUUAUACUUGGUAUGUUGAUGUAAUUUUAAAUUUAAUAAGAAUUGCUGGCGAUUAUGUAUCAGAAGAAGUGUGGUACAGGGUAAUCCAGAUAGUUAUAAAUAGAGAUGAGGUGCAAGGAUAUGCAGCAAAAACUGUUUUUGAGGCUUUACAAGCACCAGCGUGUCAUGAAAACAUGGUGAAAGUAGGUGGCUAUAUACUAGGGGAAUUCGGAAAUUUAAUCGCAGGUGAUCAAAGAUCCUCUCCACUUGUACAAUUUCAACUCUUGCAUUCUAAAUAUCACCUUUGCUCCCCAAUGACUCGUGCUCUCCUCCUUUCCACUUAUAUUAAGUUUAUUAACCUCUUCCCUGAAAUUCGUACUCAAGUACAAGAAGUCUUCAAACAACAUAGUAAUUUAAGAUCAGCUGAUGCAGAACUGCAACAAAGAGCAUCAGAAUACCUACAAUUAAGCAUUAUAGCUAGUUCAGAUGUUCUGGCUACUGUCUUGGAAGAAAUGCCUGCUUUUCCAGAACGUGAGAGUUCUAUCCUCGCGGUAUUGAAGAAGAAAAAACCGGGAAGAGUGCCGGAAAAUGAAAUUAAAGAUAACAAAAGUCCAACUCCAGUUACUAACCACACGGAAGUCAACAGUUCCAACACAAAUUCUGCAGAUCUUUUAGGAUUGUCGACUCCACCAAUUUCAGCUCCUAAUCAAGGAAAUACUGGUGUAUUGUUAGAUGUUCUGGGAGAUAUGUAUAGUGGUGCAAAAGUAGCAAACAAUAAUUCCACAGUUUCAUCUAAUAGAAAUUGGUUUGUAGAUCCCAAGAAGUUUGUUUUCAAAAACAAUGGUGUAUUAUUUGAAAAUGAUCUGAUACAAAUUGGAGUUAAAAGCGAAUUCAGGCAAAAUUUAGGUCGCCUUGGACUCUUCUAUGGAAACAAAACUAGUGCGCCAAUUCUGAAUUUCAAAACUACAUUGCAAUGGUUAGAAGAGAACAAUGCAAAAUUAGCUGUACAUAUGAAGUCAAUUGAACCAAUACUUGAAGCAGGUGCUCAGAUACAACAAAUGAUUAAUGCUGAAUGUAUAGAUGAUUAUACAGAUACACCUAGCAUUAUAGUUAGUUUUGUUUGUAACACUGUAACCCAUAAGAUAAAUAUCAAGCUUCCCCUUACUAUAAACAAAUUUUUUGAACCAACAGAGAUGAAUGGUGAAUCAUUUUUUGCUAGAUGGAAAAAUCUUGGAAACACAAAUCAAACAAGGUCUCAAAGAAUAUUUAAAGCGAACUCGCCUAUGGACCUCCAAGCUGCUAGAACAAAGAUUAUUGGUUUUGGUAUGCAACUGCUUGAUGGAAUUGAUCCCAAUCCAGACAACUUUGUUUGUGCUGGAAUUAUCCACAUGAGAUCACAGCAAGUUGGUUGUCUUCUACGUUUAGAACCAAAUAAGAAUGCUCAGAUGUACAGGUUAACUGUCCGAUCAAGCAAAGAGACUGUUUCAAUUGAAUUGUGUGACCUUCUAGCUGACCAAUUUUAAAUAAAAUACAACGCAGUUGAAUUGUUUGUAGUUUUUCAAGUUGUAAAUGUUCCUAAGUUAUUUUGACAAUGUACUCCUUUUUAUUAUAAUUUAGAAGCUUUUUAUUUUAAUAUAUGUAAAUUUUAGUUGAAAGAUGUAAAAUGUCGUUUGUUCAGGUGUAAAUAUCUUGGUUCAGUUCUUUACUCUAUAUUUGUACAUAUACAUUAAUAGAAUAUAUCCUAUACACAUCA